CACACUUCUGAGGACAGCUGACAUUAGUAGAGACACCUAGCGGCAGCCAGGCACAAGGCGGGUCGGGCUCAUCUAGAGGGAUGCCGGGGAUGCCUUCCCUCCUAGAUCACCGCUCCACACGUGAGCGCCUCCAGCUUUGCAGUAGAAGAUCCCGGACAGCGCUCCGCAGAACAGAGAGGAGCCCGGGAUAGUAGAGAGCGGAGAGCGGACAGAGCGCCCACUACAGCCGGGGACCCAGCCAGGGAGAGAGCCGGAACUACUCGUCACUACUCGUCCUGGGUGAAAUUCCCACAAAACCUGAACAAUGUCUGCUAAAGCUACAAUUAGCAAGGAAGUCUUCUCUCCCCAGGAUGAGCGGAUGCUGGGGGCUGUAUUGGUCAAACGGAGGACCAAGAAAAAAAUCCCAUUCCUAGCAACUGGAGGGCAAGGAGAAUAUCGGACCUACAUCUGCAUAUCGGUGACAAACAAGAGGCCAUCACAAGUCUACAUCACCAAGGUUAAACAGUUUGAAGGCUCAUCCUGCUUUGUGAGAAGAUCUCAAUGGACUCUAGAUCAGCUUAGACAAGUAAAUGGUAUAGACCCUAAUCGAGAAUCUCCAGAAUUUGACCUUCAAUUUGAUAAUGGCUUUGAUCAAUGGGUGGCGGGUUCAGGUUCUGAGAAAUUUACUUUCUUCCAAAUCCUGUAUCACACAUGCCAGAGAUACCUCUCCGACCAAAAGCCUGAGUUCAUCAACUGCCAGUCCAGGCUGUUCUCAGGAAACAGUAUACUUCAUUCUGCUGCAGACAGUGUAACUAGUGCUGUACAGAAAGCUAGCCAAGCCCUUAAUGAGCGUGGGGAACGACUGGGUCGAGCAGAGGAAUCUUCAGCUGAGAUGAUGAACAGCGCACAACAGUUUGCAGACACUGCGCACAAGCUUGCCAUGAAACAUAAGUGCUGACACCUUCUUGAGUGGAAAUAAAUGUGUAACAACCCCUUUACCCCUGCCGAACUGUAUAUGCCAAAACCUCAGCACAAGGUUAUAACUAAAUAUAUAAAUCUCUUAAUUUUGAAUGGGACACCUGUUUACCUCUUCCUGCCACUCCCAUCGUGCUUUUCAGGCACAAGUGGUGCCAAUGCAAGGGUACAGAAUUACUCCAGGAGGAGUUUGUUCUGGCUAGGACAUGCAGGGUACAGCUUCCAGCAGCCACUGUGAUGCAACAACUACGCACGGACAUUGAUCAGUGAUCAAAGGAAAGAUUGCAUUCCAAGACAGCUGAGGACAUUGGAUUAAAGAUGCAGGACACACAAUGUUUACUGUAAUUACCUGCUAUGAGUUGGCGAGCCACAAGCCUGUACUAAUGUGAAUGAUGCCUCACUGUGCUUCUAAAGGAACUGUAACUGGCUGGCGAGUGGGUGAAUGGUGCUCUUCUAAGAACUGUUUCAAGCUAUUUAAUGACAAGUCUUGCCCAGACCCCUGAGUUUCCACCGGCAAUAUGAAGUAGUUCUAUACAGACAAGCACUUAUGAAUAGCUUGCAUUGCUUUAUGUGUGUGUCUGUUUUUUUUAUUUAAAAACUUGUAUUGCCAGAUUUUACCCUUUCUCCCCCCCCCCCCCCCCCUUAGAGUCGAGAUCACCAUCCAGCUCUUGUGCCAGCAUUUUUACAGGGCUGGCAUAUUUUUAAAAUGUUCAUGCGUUUCAUUUUGAACCAUGUUGCAUAAUGAUAUUCUAAGCAAUAAAAUGGUUACUUACACCUUCAGAAGCUUUUA